AUGGAUCAGAAAAGUGAUUCAUUUCUCUCUGUUUCAUCGAUUUCAUUUUCAUAUUCUUCUUCAACAGACAAAGACUUUGAUCUGAUAUGCAUGAUUAGUCCCAUCGUACUUCUCUACAUCACUCUCCUCUCCAUCAUCUUCUUUGUAGCUGCUUUGAUUCACCUUCUGGUCAAAUUCUUACAUAGACCCCAAACUCGACUUGACGACGCCUAUGAUGGCAUUACAGAGAGUUCUACUGCUCUGCAAGGUCGGUAUCAAACACGGUUUAAUCUCCAUGACGCAGAAAUUGACCAAUCAUUCAUUGAUGCAUUGCCCUUGUUACAUUACAAGACCAUGAUUGGUCUUCGACACGACCUCUCUGAUUGCGCCGUUUGUCUCAGAGAGUUCACAGCCGAAGACGAGCUCCGGCUCUUACCAAAAUGCAGCCAUGCAUUCCAUGUGGAGUGCAUCGACACGUGGCUCCUCACAAACUCAACAUGUCCUCUCUGCAGGGACAACCUCCUCCUCCUUGGCCUCACUGGCACUGCUUCGUCUUCCACUAUUGUCCUUGUGCAUGAAUCUGAUGGUGACAAUUCCCAAGACUCCGAUUCGUCGUUCAUGUUAACCGAUCUUGAUGAUGUCGAGUCAAAAUGA